GAGGCGAUGACGCGCCGGUUGUGACGUAGUGAUGGGCGGGUUCCGGUUCCGCUUGUCUCUCUUUUUUUUUUUUUUUCCACCUUCAGCAACGAGGCGGCGGACGUGAACGGUGCCAAGAUGCAGAUUUUUGUCAAGACGCUGACGGGUAAAACCAUCACCCUGGAGGUGGAGCCCAACGACACGAUCGAGAACGUCAAGGCCAAGAUCCAGGAUAAGGAAGGGAUCCCCCCUGACCAGCAGCGGCUGAUCUUCGCGGGCAAGCAGCUGGAGGAUGGCCGUACUCUCGCCGACUACAACAUCCAGAAAGAGUCCACCCUGCACCUGGUGCUGCGCCUGCGGGGGGGCAUCAUCGAGCCCUCCCUCCGCCAGCUCGCCCAAAAGUACAACUGCGACAAAAUGAUCUGCCGCAAGUGCUACGCCCGCCUGCACCCCCGUGCCGUCAACUGCCGCAAGAAGAAGUGCGGACACACCAACAACCUCCGCCCCAAGAAGAAGGUCAAGUAGAGCAGCAGACGGCAGCCCUGCCUGCACCCCUGCCUGCACCCCUGCCUGCACCCUUCCAAUAAAGCAUCACAGCGUUCA